UUGGGCUGGCUUUAGACCCCAGUUGAGGGUCCAAAGCAGUCAUGUGUACAACUUUGUCCUCCCACAACACAGAUGCAGAUAGAGGAGAGGAGCUGAGAUCUAGGAACCAAACAAAAAAUAUCUAGAGGGUAACAACUGAUCGGAGUCAGUGGAUUUAACUCAAUAUAAGGGGACUGCUCGCUUCUGCCUCUGUCUGUCACGUGCACUUGUUGUACUUGCAGAGGAAAUAAGACUGAGAGUGGGAAUCCAGCAGCCAAUCGGCUGUUCAGCUCCGGACUAUGAAGCUUAGUGUGGCGUUGUUUUUCGCCGGGCUCUUUGGGGCUUUGGCCGCUGUGUUCAUCUUGCUUUCUUUUGGAACAGAUUACUGGCUGCUGGCAUCUGAGAGUUGCCAACCAAACCCUGACGAAACCGUCACCCUGGACACAGCGAACACAGAGCAUGGAGAUGUGGUGGUGCAGGAGAAUGGUAGCGUCGUCACUUUGUACCACGAGGGUUUCUUCUGGAGAUGCUACUUUGGAGGCAACAUAGGGGAUGAAAACCUGCUGUGGAAGCUCUGGUUCACAAAUCAGCCCAACUCCAAAAUAUGUAUGCCUGCCUAUCUCUUCCCAUUUCCCGUGUCUCAUCAGACUCACAACACCACAGAGUAUAACUCUGCCAUAAUCUACAGAGGCUUCUGGAGCGUUUUUAUGCUUAUUGGUGUGGUAGCGGUUGCUCUUGGCGGGUUCAUCAUCAUCUGUGCUGCUCCGUUUGCCAGCCACCGUCUGUAUAAAGCUGGGGGCGGCCUCUUCUUGGCAUCAGGGUUUUUCCUGCUGUGCGUGGUGGUGAUGUACGUGCUGUGGCUUCAGGUGUUGGAUGUGGUGGAGCUCUACAUCGACCACCAGCGCUCUGCACUGUGUCCAGACUUCCACCUGUCCCUCAGCUAUGGUCUGUCCUUCAUGUUUGCCCCCGUCGGCAUUUUUUUCUGCCUGCUGUCUGGCCUUCUUUUCCUCCUUAUAGGUCGAACUGUCCAGAUUCACUACCACUGAAUUAAAGGUUUUUGUUUAGCUUUUUCCCAGCCAUAUUCAGUUGUUUUCUGCAGUGCGUUUCUUGUGUAAAAACUGGACUCUGUCGUAUCAGCUCGGCAGCUCUGGGGAUUAAACAAUUUUUAAAAGCUCCAGGAAAAGUUUUCAUAAGAUGUGGAGCUCGGAAACGCUCAGAGCCGCUUUCACUUGAGCUACGUUGAGCUCAGUUGUCGAUACCUCCAUCUUUUUUUUUCUAACCGCAUCUGUUAGGGUUUUGGUUCAAACGUUUUAAAUGGGGAGGUAAAAUGUUUAUUCUAACUGUGGAAAAUAGGCAGUGGGACUGAACUGUCAUUAAAGGAAUAUUAUAUAGCAGCAUUGAUAAUCAGUCUCCUCCUCAUUGCAUGUUUUUUAUAUUUUUCUGCUCCAUUUCACCACAGCAUGUUUAAAGGGGUCAUCCCCAGCCUUCUGAAAUAUGAUAAAGAGCUUAGUUGUUUAUUAGAGCAAUUUGACAGAGAAAACAAUGAGUUUUUGGUUAAAAGCCUUCUAGUUAAUAUUUUUACAUAUACACAUGGUAACUUAUUACUUUAUAUUCUGUAAGCGGUAGAGGGAGUUAGUACUUUUACAAACUGCCCCUGGUCAGCUAAUUAUAUUCUGUUUGUUUGAUGUAUACAAAUGAUAUGGGGAAAAUGAACAAGUAGUUUUAGUUACAACAAUAGUUAAUUUGUCUCAAAAUAUUCCAACCUUUCCAGCUGAUUUGUACUGAUAAUGUAUGUAAAAUUGCAUUUUUCUUCAAGUGUGAGAGCUUAUUUGAGUUUGAUAUUCUAAUGUAUAAUUGAUCUGUUGAUUAAAAAACAAAUCUGCUUAUAGUAAAUAAAGAAUAGGCCAGUUGUGGCUUGGCCCAUUAAGCGAAUGAUACAGAAUUGUUAGAGAACUUUUUUUUAUCUAUUAUGAAAGGAAUAAUUAGCUUCAGAUGUCUGCUUUUUUUUGGGUCAUAAAUAAAAAUGUUGGAUAAAUCAUUUGUGAAUGAAAUAUGGUCAUUUUUUGUGAUGAAAUCCUCAUGAAUGUGUGUCUAAUGGCCAUAUUGUUCCAACACAACCAGAUUACUGGUUCAGGACAGACCACCAUGUGUCUGAACAGAGCAAGAUGUUAUGUUGAUGAUAUUUGCUUUUAAAAUCAGUCUAGUAUCUCUCAGAGUGUGUCAUGUGUGUCUUUUGACUGUGAUGUUACAUUGUUUUAAUCAAAUAAAUAUCUUUUCUCUGAUCUGCUUGGCAUUAAAAUAAAAGGCUCUGAUGCUGAGUGAGG